GCGCCAGCAAGAUUCUCCUCGCACUGCACACUUCCCUGCUCUGCCUUGUUUCCUCCGCACUUGCUGCGCGGGCGCGUUCGAGAUAUCAUUGUGUUAGGCCGUGCUUGCGCUAAUUACCCACUUUUACCUCUGCGUACUGCGACAAUCACACUUACGACUCACGGCCACGCUUUGCGCCCACGACUUGCGCGCCCACGCCUUACGCGCCACCACCGAGAAGCCCCCGCGAGGCACACACCCACGCGCCGCCACGCACCUCACCGCGCGCACCACCACAGCCAUGGAGCUCUCCCAAACCGCCGCCCGCAGCGCCCGCGCCUUCCUCGACGCCCACACGCGCACCGACUGGUCGUACCCCGCGCUCCCCCCGCCGCGCACCGCCAGCGACGAGGAAGUCAGCACCGCCGUCGCCUUCCGCGAGCGCUACUACGGCGAGAGCGAGAGCAGCGACUCCGAGGGCGAGCCGGCCAACGCCUCCGCGAGCGCGGCGCAAGGCGCAAACGGGAGUGCGAACGAGUACAAAUUCGACUCCCCCGAUGCAAUCGGCGCCGCGCUCUCGCGCUCGCGCAGCCGCCGGCGUGCGCGCAGGCGCGCCAGGCUCGAGGACGAGAUGGCGGUUAAUGAGGGCCUGCGGAUCUGGGUGGAGCGCAGGGACGCGUGGACGGGGGCCGCGAGCGUGCGGCGGUUUGGCGUGAAGCGGCGGCGGGGCGCGACGGAGGGGGCGACAGAGAGCGUAUUGAAGGAGGGCGACGCGACCGCGGCCCCAGCCGCUGCAGACGCCAACACGGAGACGCGAGGCGCAGACGCGACACCCCCAGACGCAGCAGACGCACCACCCUCCACCGAGUCCCCAGGCCCUCCCGACACCCUCCCCCUCGCGCCCCCCCUCCUCCCCACAAACCCCCUCCGCGCCUCCAUAACUCCGAAAUCCUACCCAGACAUAUACACCAAAAUCGUCGCCUCGUCGCGCACCCCCGCGGUGCCCAUAAACCUCUCUGACAUGACGCGCGCACUCGUCCAGGGGUGGAAAGACGCAGAUGAGUGGCCGCCGCGGGUCGGGGGCGUGGAUCCGCUUGCCGGGCGGCGGCGGGGCGCGGGAGGCGGUCUUGGGGGGAGCUUGGGGGGGCUGAUGGGCGGGCAUGGAGGGCAUGGAGGGCAGGGCCAAGGGGGGUUUAUUCAUAGGCAUCCGCAUCUUGAGAAGGGGGUGGGUAGUGUGAGGAAGAUUCUGCAUUUGAGCGGGUCGGCGCAUGGGGCGAAUGGGAGUGCGGGCGCGAAUGGGAAUGGGCAGGCUGAGGGGUGAACGGGGAUUGGGUGUGGUGGUGUGGGUGUGAGGUGGGUAUUGUGCAUGCGGACGGGUGCGGUGUACUUAUCUGGCGAGGCACUCUGCACGGGGGACUCGGAGUGGGAAGGCGUGAUAGUAAUAGCACAACGGCCACUGCAGGGUAACAGCAGAAUGGCUAACAGCAGGAUGACUCCCUUGCUGCUCGACCGAGAAACUGGAUUUGAAGUGUGUUCGACUACGCACGUACUGGGACUGUGUGUUGUGGAUAUGGUUGCCGCCUACGCGUGCUGUGCAUACCUAUCUGGGGUUGAGAGUGUGGUUACCUACCUGCUUCCAUCCCGAGGUCCAGGGUUUCAAGCAUCUGAAAUGGCAUACCUAGAGAUACUGAAAGAGCAGUAGCAAACUACCUAGCUAAACCUAUAAGACACUCUUGGAUUUUAAAUAAUCAUUGAUAAAUAGAGC